AUGAGCUUGACACCCUUCUUGCAACCGGCGUCCAUGACGCAGUGUGCUGCCUUUGUUCCGAAAUCCUUGAUGGGUCUGUCAAGAACUCGAAUCAUCAAACCUGUUCCCAACAUCAUGCGAUGGAUGUCGGUUGUGACGGUAUCUACAGAGGGUAAUACUCCCUGGAAAUCCAAGUACGAAAACAAAAUCACGGUGGGAGAUCAUACCUUCAUUGCCGAUGAACCACCUUCGAUCGGGGGAAUGGACAUGGGGCCAAGUCCAUACGACCUUCUCUUGGGAGCUCUGGGCAGUUGCACAUCUAUCACGCUGACCAUGUACGCCCAACGCAAAGGGAUUCCCAUGGAAGGUGUCGAUGUUACUCUCAGUCACACCAAAAUUUACGAAAAGGACUGUGCAGAAUGCGUUCAAAAGGAUUCGGCCAAAGAAAUUUCCAAAAAGAAGAUUGAUCAUUUUGUUCGGACACUCAAAUUUCGAGGAAUGGACUUGACCGACGAAGACCACAAGAACUUGUUACAGAUUGCCGAUAUGUGCCCCGUCCAUAGGACAUUGGAGUCCGAUCAUGUGCAUAUUGAAACCAAAUUGUACCAGGAAGAUGAACCAAGCUCGAUGACAACAUCCUUGAAGGCGCACAAGCUGACGUCGUUUGCUGGAAAACAAACCACCUUGUCGGUUGGCUUUGAUAUUCGUCGAAUAUUGCCGUAUCACAAGAAACGAUCCGUCGGCCCAUUUAUCUUUUUGGAUCAUUUUGGGCCAAUUGAUAUCGCAGAAAGUGCUGCCAUGGAUGUCGGGCCGCACCCCCACAUUGGAUUGGCCACACUAUCGUACUUGUACGAGGGUGCCAUUCUGCAUCGAGAUUCUACAGGUGCAGAGCGAGCAAUUGUCCCCGGAGAAGUGAAUUUCAUGAUUGCAGGUAAGGGUGUUGUACAUUCGGAGCGUGGCAACAAAGUAGACCUGGGGCCGCACCUGUCCGGGGAACUUCCAAGUACAUCCCACGGCCUUCAGCUUUGGAUGGCUCUGCCUAAAGGCGGAGAAGAUGUUCAUCCUUCCUUUCACCAUGGAAAAGCAAUAGCACUGCACACUGGCAAUACAAGCGUCCAGGCGACUUUGGUGGUUGGAUCGGCAAAUGGAGUGUCACAGUCAGCAAUUCCAAUUGACAACCGAUUGGGGAAUAAUUUUUUUGUAGAUGUGGAGUUUGACAAAGAAGGCGAGUCGUUCAGCUUACAACAAAUCGGAACGGGGACAGACCCUGUUGAAAUUGGAAUUUACGUAUCAACUGGCUCAGUGAAGUUGGAUUCUGGAUACUGUAAUAUGGACGGAGACAACUCGGAAAGCGAAACCGUAUUGGAAGAAGGUAACAUGGUUGUCUACCAGCUCGGAAGAGAAGACGAGACUGUUGACAUUGCAUCAUGGGUUGGAAAACUGACUGCCCUAAGUUCAGGUACUCGGCUCGCCAUCUUGGGCGGGACUCCACUUCCAGAAAAGCGUCACAUGUUUUGGAACUUUGUUUCCCACGAUAAGCAAAAGGUUGAAGAUGCAGCCGAGGCAUGGGAGCAAUUGGAUCGUUCCAUUUUUCCACCAGUGGUUAAUGAGGACAAUGAAGAUUCCAUUCCCUUACCGAGUCGAAGAAAGUCAUGA